UUUGUGAUCCUCAAUGCAGAAGAGCUAAAAAAAAUAAUAGAAAAGCAUUUGAUUUUCUGAUGUUUGUUGAGAAAAAAUAGACAUCUAUUGAUCUAAAUUCUAAAUAAACUAGUCUAAGUCUAGAUCUAGAUCUAUAUAUCUAGUCAAUAGUGAUGCAGAGUAGAUCUAUCUAGACUAGAUAAGGACUAUUCGAUCUAGAUCUUUUAUAAGGUUGAAGAAAUCACUACAAAAUGCCAGCUGUCUUAGAGGAUCAUGGAAUACGAGAUGUUUGGGCCUCAAAUAUGGAGGAAGAACUGAGAAACAUCAGCAGAGUUGUAAAAACUCAUCGAUACAUAGCCAUGGACACAGAAUUUCCAGGUGUUGUCGCAAGACCUAUUGGAGAGUUCAGGUCAACACAAGAGUAUACCUACCACCAAAUGAAAUGUAAUGUCAAUUUGUUGAAAAUUAUCCAGAUUGGUUUUACAUUUUUUGAUGAGGAAGGAAACAGAGCCCAGCCAAUAUCAACAUGGCAGUUUAACUUCAAAUUUUGUCUUGGAGAUGACAUGUAUGCUCAAGAGUCUAUUGAACUUUUACGUAAAUCUGGUAUCCAGUUUGAAAGACAUGAGCGAGAUGGCAUGGACCCUUUUGAUUUUGCUGCUGAAUUAAUUGGAGCUGGUGUAGUUCUGCAGCCCAAUGUUUUUCUUUCUUUUCACAGUGGCUAUGACUUUGGCUAUUUCAUCAAAAUGCUGCAGAACAGUGACCUGGAGGAAGAUGAUGAGGAGUUUUUUUCCAAGCUUCGGUUACACUGUCCUGAUAUUUAUGAUGUGAAAUACUUGAUGAAGUCCUGUAAAGAUCUGAAAGGAGGACUGCAAGAAGUGUCUGACUAUCUCCAAAUUAAAAGAGUUGGACCUCAGCAUCAAGCAGGAAGUGACAGUCUGCUGACAGGAAUGGCUUUUUUUAAAAUGAGAGAGCUCUAUUUUGAGAAUAAUAUUGAAAGAGAGAAAUAUUCAGGACACUUGUAUGGGCUUGGACCUUUUGCUGCCAGUGCUGCAAAUGUGACCAAUGGAUCUGGGUAUGGUGAAUAUGACUCAGCUGCUGACAAUGGCACUCAAGGCACAGCUUCUUGACCAGCUCCAUCUUAUUUGUAGAGAUCAUGCAACAUAUUUCAUCCUUUAAUGUCAGUCAAAUAAACUCAAGCUAGUCACAACUGGAAUGAUAUUUGUGCUUCUUUUGAGUAAUGUUAUGACUCUUAGGAAGUGGUUGACCAGUUGGUCUAGAUAGUUAAGAAAACAUACAAUCUGUCAGUAUAGUAUACUGUAUGUAUAUUAUUGGUUAAGUGAAGAAAUCAUUUUCAAGCUGAUAUUACUGUUAGACCUUUUUUUUUUCUCAUGACAGUCUGAAUUGUAUAGGAGUGGUAUUUGUUAGUAGACUGUCCUUUAGGAAAUAGGUUUCUUAUUGGGCGUUGUAUGUAUAUUAUUAAGUGAAAAAAUAUUAAGAAUUUUUCUAGUAGAUAUUACUCACACCUUUUUUUUUUCCCUUUCAUUGUGUAGGAGUGGUAAUUUAUUCAUUAACUAUCUUUUAGGAAAUAGGUUUCUUAUUGAAUAUUUUGUUGAUGCAAAAGUGGUGAAUACAAAUGGUGCUUAAAUGUGUGUGUGUAUCUUUUUUAAAUUUU